GAAUUAUUUCUUAGAAAGAUGUUGUUAUUUUAAAGUUUUAUUAAGACAUAGUUUUAAAAAAGUGAAGGAUAAAUGAGCCUUUUUUCUUCUUUUAAGAGAUAAUUAUGACCCUCUGGUGAUAUGAAUGAUCAAAGUGUUGAACAGUUUCUUACGAUAAUGCAACGGAGUGAUGUCACUCAAAUUAUUUAAAUUAUUCUAUGAAUUUUACCAGUUCAAAUCGACAAAAUCAUUAUUAUUUGUAGAAACGUUACUCUGUACCCGCAUUAUUGAUCGAAUCGAUGGUUAGAUUAGAAAUGUGCUUGAAAAAAAACUUCGUGUUGGGCUCAAUGGUUGGUUGAAUGAAAACAUGAUAACUAAUUAACUAUGUACCACAAAAUUCGAAGUGCAGUCUUCGACUCUUCGUUGACCAUUUCCUUUGCAAGACGCCAGAAAAUGAAAGUACAAUAAUGGUUGGGUCCAAAAAACGCCAUGUCACAGCAAACAAAAGUAUAUUGUGACCAAAAUCUGUGUAACACCUAGCUGCUUGGCUAAUGCUUUUGUUUGGUUUCAUUUAUUCGCAUUUCGGAAUACAAUCACCUAGCUAUUACAAGACAAGCUCAGCUGAAGUGGAAGAAGCAGCACUAUGUGGAAAUGGCUAGCUAGGAUGACUCAUGACAUUAACUAAUGUGCUCAAAUAUGACGAACGAAACGCAUGCACAAACUUCUAUUGACAGGAAAUGCUUAAGUAGUCUGUUUUCGACUGAGUCGAUGAUUUGUUUGAGGGUUUGUGGCCACUAUUGCUGCGGUGAAUUUUCAACUCGAGGCAGCUCAAGUUAAUUUGGCCAGAAAGAAGGCCAGUGGACAAGAAUCGAUUUUUCGUUUGUCCAAUCAAUAAUACUAAUUAUUCAAAAAUGAUGGUUAUGUCACACGGGAUGACCAAAUUUGUCCUUAUGAAAAAACUCGGAGCUAUUCCUACGCAUUGGUUUUUGUCCCCUAAUUGGUAUGAUCCAUAUAAAUACUAGCUUUAUACAUAUCAUAAACAACCAAAAAGCAACUCCAAAAUCUAUACCACCAGUAGCUAGCUUUCCACAAACAUGAGGACGCUACUGAAAUCCACUUGCUCCCCAGCUCUGCUGAUAAUGAUGAUGAUUAUCGCCAUUGCUGCAUCAGCCCAGCUGGUUACUUCAACAGUUGCCGCCGCCUAUCGUUUUUCCGCCUCUCAAUCUGUGAGAACGACUGAAACUAACAAGUGCGGUUUUGCUGGUUUAAGCAGCGGCAGCAGCAGCAGCUUGAGCAAAGACGAGCUUGAUCGAGGUGGUGAUCGUCGUCCACAUGGUUCGGUUCAAAGCAAUAGAUACAAUCUCGUUGCUUCCGCCGCCGGAGAGAAUCCGAGUUAUGGUCAUCGUGGCAUCGGACAUCACGAUCGUCUCGAUAAUGACCGCAAUUGAUCAGUUACAACUCUACAAGUUUGUGUCAACAAUUUCACGGUGGAUGCAAAGCUUGGUUCUAGAUAACUUUGUAGUAGAUAUAAAUGGGCAGAUCGACUUGCGUAUGUGAUUUGAGAGUGUUUAUUUUUUUAUUUUGCAAGACUUGAGAGUUUCUAAUAUGUACUUAAGAUGUGUGUUUGAAGUGCGAAUAAACUUAUUAGUGUAAU